CACAUGACGCUUUUUCGUGCGCUUUUGGAUUCGGGCUGGACAUGAUGGCGGCCUCCUCAGGAGUUAAAGUUCCUCGUAAUUUUCGUUUGUUGGAAGAGCUUGAAGAAGGGCAGAAGGGUGUUGGUGAUGGUACAGUGAGCUGGGGUCUGGAGGAUGAUGAGGACAUGACUCUCACACGGUGGACAGGCAUGAUCAUCGGACCUGCGCGAACUAAUUACGAAAACAGGAUAUACAGCCUGAAAGUGGAGUGUGGACCUAAAUAUCCCGAAUUACCACCGACGGUUAGAUUUGUAACAAAAAUUAGCAUGAAUGGAAUAAAUAAUUCCAAUGGGAUGGUGGAUGCACGUAGCAUACCAAUUCUAGCAAAAUGGCAAAACUCAUAUAGCAUUAAAGUCGUUCUUCAAGAGCUAAGGCGUCUUAUGAUGUCCAAAGAGAAUAUGAAGCUUCCUCAACCACCAGAAGGGCAGUCAUACAGCAAUUAAUUGUAAAUGAUUGUUAUGACCCUCUGUCUUAAACCUUACUCUCUUAGAAAUGUCUUGUAAAUCAUCAGAUAACAAAAACAAAAAAAAACAUAUUGCUCACUCCACCGUCAAAACAGUCUCCACUGCAGGAGCAAGAUUGGACAUUUCUAAUUGUUUAGCUUGAGAAACCAACCAAGAAAGAAAAAUGUCUGUAAUGUGUUGGCACCAUGUUCAAUUCUAUUUUAAAAUUGCGAGUGCGCAAAUCUCUCUCUUCCAGGAACAUUACAUCGACCACAAGCUUUAUGUUGAACUGAAUCAUGUCGCCAUAGACGCAGAAGGAAAGGCAUGUUAGAACGGUGAGGUUUAUACAGAUCUAUACAUUUUAAGUUAGUUACUGGACACCAAAACUAAAAAAUUAGGAUGCAUAUACAACGGCAUGCUUGUUUAAAAAAUAAAAGUGAAAAGCAGCUGAAUAAGUUGCUGAAUAAGUUAGCUGAAUUGUUUUUUGUGUAUCUGAACCCCUCACCGAUAAUAUCAAUAAGGGUCCUAAAAGUGUGCCUGUAGUCUACUAGUAGUGUUGCAGAGGGGUGGGAGUGGUUCUGAACUUUCUUCUUUUUUGUUUUUAUUUUUAAUGUCUGUAAUUGAGACAAUAGCAGUUUGUUACAGCGUGGUAGCUCUUGACUUUGUACAUGGAUGCUCUCCUCUUUUCACAAAUCGAACCAUGCGCUUAACAUGUCGAAUGCAUUAAAAUGUGACUCCAAUCCGCUGUCAGAUUCUGUUGUAUAUCACACACAGCAGAAAUAUACUGAGAUGUUACUAAACAGCAAACCCUUGCCGUUCAGGGACGAGAUAUGGUUCAGAUUCGAAUCGCUUGAAUCAUUUUAAUCAUGCAGCCAUACUCGCAGUGAUCAUUUAGUUCUACACCAAACUAUAACCUACCAGUAAAAACUCGCAUAGAUGCAUUUCAUAUCAGUGCAAUGUAACUGAUCAAGAGAAUAAAUGCAACAAUUUCUUAAAGCAUGUUGUAGUAUCUAAAAUUUAAAUUGCUCAUCACGUAUAUAUUACAUAUUUUAAUUUUGAUGAGCUGCAACAUGUAUACACUGCUGUUUUGCAUACAUUGUAAUGUGACGUAUUGUGAAAAUCACACAUUAAAAAGUGAGUUUGGAAGCUGUUCUCAUUGGUUAGGUUCUUUGAAUCACUGAUUAUGUAAAUGGUAAGGAUUUGCUGUACAAAACUUGCCCUUGCUUAACCACAGUGCUUUAAAACUCCACCUAUAACUGCAAUGGCAUGCUGUUAUGUAGCUAUCAUUACAACAAACUAGUAAUUCAGUUAUUCUAACAUUAGAAAAGCUGUUAUAAUCCUUAGGUACUCUAAUAAAGUUGAUUAUUGUAAUUCCAAUGAAUGGUGGGGGUUUGUUGUACUUUUCCUUUAUGCUUCGGUUGGCUUUGACCAUUUCACUAAAGUUAGCAAAACGAAUAGGCUUGUUAUUGUGCAAAUUAAUAUAUGUAGUGGCAAUUUCUUACAGUCUUGACAUUUUUCAGAGCCACAUAUAAAACAUCUUGCUGUUAAUUGACUUGUGUAAUGCAUCUAAGAAACAUGUUUUCUCCCUGUUCAUUUUUUUAUUUUAUUUUUAUUUUAAGACAUAACCAAAUUAAGUUGAUUUUGUGACACCGGGCUAUGUUCAGAAUAAUAAAACAAACAUUGUGAAACACA